UGACAUGCAGCAAACUUGCAGGAAGGCCUCAUGUGGGAGGUGUCCCUGGGAUGAGCCUGACCCUUAUCUUGCCAGCCAGCUGCAAGGGGAUUAUCCGGGAGCUCAGCUAUGCAGCUGCAAACACUCUUGUGCUGGCUGCACUGCCGUAAGACCUUCCUCUUGUGUUGUAAAGCCAGCAAGAAAGCAAGGAUUGAACUACUCUGGGUUGGAAGACCAGGAACAUUCCUUUUCCUGUAAUAAGAGACCAAGAAUUUGCAUGCCUCUUUUAACUCUGUUCUUUUCAGAGCUCUCUCAUCUCCUAUGAAGGACAGCAAAUCCAUCCAACUUUAGAAACUCAUUCUCAGAACAAACCAACAAAAGAGCUGGGCUGUGGUGUCAGUCCUAGAGCGUGUGGUGUCUACUUGCCUGGUCUCCACCUCAUCCAGUCUCACCAGGGGAGUGUUUGCAGGUGAAGAUGAACAGUGGAAUUCUCUUGUUGUCCCUCUUUGGCUUCCUCCCACUUGUGAUACCUACAUGCCCCGUGCCAUGCAAAUGUACCACCACCAUUAUCGACUGCACAUCAAAAGGCCUAACUGUAGCAAAACUACCAGUUGCUUUCCGCCCUUCAGCUGAAAUUAUCCACCUCGGUUACAAUAAGCUCACCUCUAUUCCCAAUGGGCUCUUUGACAACCUAAAAAGCCUUCAGGUUGUCUACCUGCAGGGCAACCCUUGGGAAUGCAACUGCGACAUCCUCUACUUGCGCUCCUGGCUCCAGUGGCAGCAGAACCGGACCUUAUACAGGGAUGUGAGAUGCAGCUCCCCAGCUCACCUGCAGGACCGGAUCAUUGCCUAUCUGACAGAAGACGAGAUCAUCUCCACAUGUCAGUACCGGUACUGCAUCCUGGCUCUCCUCUCUCAGCUCUGUCUUUUCAUCCUCCUUUUCCUCCAGGGUAUCUUGAUUAUCUUCAUCAUUGUCUACCUUCAGAAAUUUCGGAGAAUGACUGCUGAAGCCCAGAGCACCACCCAAGAUCUACACCAGCAUGUAGACACAUGGGCAUCUUCUUCAAGAAGCCCUUACAGUAGUGAUUAACAUCACAAGACUGAAGACCCUCCUCCCCCUCAAGUGAUGCUGUGCCAAGGUCAUGUGGUUUGUGAUAUCCGGAGGGGGCGAUUUGGUGCAGCAUCUGACCCUGACUGCAGUCCAAAACAGAACUUGAACUGAACAGACACUUGCUGUAUUUUCAAAGACAUGAUCUUGUGGUUUUUACUGCUUUAAAUUCUUUAGCAUGAUCUUUAUUGCUUUGAUGAGCUGGGGGUGGUUCUGGUUUGAUAGACUAAGGAAAUCAUCAACUACAGCAACCAGAACUGACUCAAACUGCUCAUUAUCUUGUAGGGCCUAUGGUGUGUUUGAUCCCUCCUGUGCUUGAAUAUUUCAGCCAUAUUUUCGCAAUGCUUCUGGUUGCAUUUGGGCAGGUGAGGAUAGAGGUGGACAGUGAACAGUUAAGGUACUGGACUAGGACAAUGGAGAAAUACAGUUUCCUUGGUGCUACCACAGGUUGCCUUAGUAAAGGUGGGGAAAGCGACCGAGUCCUCUCCUGCCUCAGUUUCCCAUCAGUAAAAGGGAAAAUACAUUUCUUCUUGCUAGAUGCAUCUUUCCCAAUGUUCUUCUGGGGGAGGGAGCGAUUGUUUAGAAGCCUACUCUUUUUUCCCUAUCUUCUUUCCUUUUAAUCUAUGUAUAGUUUCUAUACUGAUUUCAACAUACACUGUGUCAGAUUGGGGCCCUGAAUGUUUGUGAGACAUUCACCCUGGAGCCAAGCGUUGUUGAGCCUGGAGGCUCUUUCUGAUUGUGUUCAUAUGGCGCCUGGCGCAGGAGAUGUGGUCUUUUUUAGACACUCAAACUGCACAGCCCACUACUGUGCCUACUGCUGGUUAUGUUGUCCCUCUAUUUCUGGAAUGAAGCAAAAUCGAAAUAAAAUCAUGAUGCAUGAUGA